AUGCCAGGAUGUUUGGUACCCCCCAGCGGCCAACUGAAGCUACGGCAGUAUGGAAGACUAGUUGCUGCCGUUGGUCUAAAGCGAGAUGGCUCCGGAGGAAUGAUCAACUGGGGUACUACAAAUUACGACUAUCGGGGCGCACAUCCGCAACUGGUUAGGAUACUUCCAGGGCCUGAGCAUAUGUCGGCCUUCGUAGCGGAGGGCAGUGGGUCUCGACUGGAGCUUGUGAAGAGCAAUCAAGCUUCUUUACUCGGUAUCCCUAAACGCAUACGCCGACUCAUCUUCGACACGAUCAUCAACUCUGUUGAUAGCAUAGCUAUCGAUCUCGACAAGGAGACUAAGUUCAACUGCGGAUUGCUGCAUACCAAUCAAGAAAUCCUCGAGACUUGGAGGUCGCAUUUCCUGUUCCACAACCACUUCAUACUGACGGUGGCAACAAGCGACGUCCGCACUACAUUCCAGAACUUCGAUAAUCUGAGACGGUUCCUCCGCAAGUCAUUUAAAUCCGGUUACAGCCGUGACCCGAUGACGGAUGAGUCGAUGAGGACUAUUGCAACAUCAGGCAGAGAUCGUCCGACUGGCUUAGACUAUAUCCUCAGGUUCGAUCUGAGUAGCCCAGCCACACUGAGCGAUAUCCGCAUCAACAUCCUGCCCUUUGUGAUGGCAACCUCGACUACACCAACCCAUCAUGAAGUAACAAUCCAAAUAUGGACCCCUACACCCGACGGCUCCUCAGCCAUGACAGCUGCCCACUCCAUGCCCCUCACCAGACUACGACUGAACGUAAUCAAAGCUAUUCUGGAUUGCGCAUUCACAGGAAUAUCAAAUAAGUCCUACCUACCCGACUUCUGGACCAACGGCUUCGGAGAAAUUGUCGAGACUGUCCACGACUCGGUUGACGACACGGGUGGAGCUUGGGGGCCUGCCUCCGAGAUUGCGCUCGGAAUAUACCACCCCGUUGUCGUUCGAACUCUCCAUCCUAUUGAUCGCAAUUAUCGAGAGUGUGAAGCAGAUCUGGGAUGUGAAUACUAUGACGAUACGCAGUUCUUCCCUUUCAGGGCUGAUGAGAAAGAGACCUUGGUGUAUCUCAUGAAGAGUAUCGAUGACUAUCCAAAAUACUUCAAGACGUAA